GCCUCUUUUCUCGUGCAUGGCGCGAUGCUUUCUUUCAUUGUCCUCUCACAACAUUCCAAUUUUCGCUUUUGAAUUUCUUUCCUUCCGCUUUUCUCAAUCCCCAUAAUUGUCCAAUUGCGCUGUUUGGACGCUCCCACAACUUGAGAAACAGAGCAGCUACCUCUGAAACCCCCAGUUCACACUAACUUGCUAAAGAUAAUAGCUACUGGGAAGAUAUGAAAUCUGAGAGUUUCCUCUCAGUACUCGCUAAAAACAUUGAUGUUCUUGCUGGGCCUGUAGUUGCUCUUGUUUACCCUCUUUAUGCCUCAAUCAGGGCUAUAGAGAGCAGGUCUCUUGAAGAUGAUCAGCAAUGGCUUACAUAUUGGGUUCUAUACUCUUUGAUCACACUCUUUGAGCUCGCUUUUGCCAAAGUCCUAGAAUUGUUCCCCAUUUGGUCUUAUGCUAAGCUGAUUGCAACAUGCUGGUUGGUCCUACCGCAUUUCAAAGGGGCAGCAUAUGUUUAUCAGCACUUUGUUAGACCUUUCUACAUGAAUCCACAAACCGCGACUAUCUGGUAUAUCCCAAGGAAGAAGAAUAUCUUCAAGAAGCGCCCAGAUGACAUUCUAACUGCUGCAGAGAAAUAUAUCGAAGAGCAUGGGACGGAAGAAUUUGAAAGACUCAUAAUAAACAAGGCUGAAGAGGAAAGGGCCAGGAGGGGACACCACAUGUUCUUUGAUGAUGACUAUGGCUAUUGAGCUGGAACUCCCUGUAUAGUUGACAUUCGGUGUCGUUUUUGUCUCUGCCCUACUGUGCUGAAAGAUGCUAAUUUAAGUUUAUAGUUUACCACAUGUCUGGUUAUCAUAUCACAUUGAAUUGCCUCCAUUUUCUUUGCUUCCUGAGUUGGGAUUGUCUUCUUGUUGGAAGACAAAACCAUGGAACUGUUGCUCGUCAUCCACGUAAGUCAUUGUUGACGCCUUGAAGGGUUUGCACUUUUCCUCCCA